UAACGCGCCAAAACUUGCGCACCUCCAGAAUCAAGCUAUUUCAGUAACCUCAGCACCAAGAAUCACAGCGGCGCACCGGUUAAUUUCCCAAUCAAUACCUUGGGGGUAUUGAAGCAUUCCUCGCAAAACAUAUAACAGGUAUGUCCGAGAAGUCUGGUCGACUGCAAACCCAGUCAAACCCCACAGUAGACACUCAGGCUCAUCUUAAGAACACGCACAUAACGCUGCAGGUAAAGUCUGGUCAGUUAGAACAUGGAUGGAGACCUCGAGCGAGCGGAACCUAGUACCAGUGCCCAGCACACAGAUGAUGAUAGCCGACGUGAAGAGCAGGUCCGCGUUACGACUAGAAAUGAUUCAAAGAAUGUUGCAACAAUGUCAGGAGAUAGCUCAGCACUUGUGGCAGUGUGGAUGCAACGACUCCAAAUGCUCACCCUUAUAACGACAUUUCUCGCUUCGAUCGAUGGAGAACUUUUCGUGCUUACCUCCACAUCGUCGCAGACGACACUUGAUGCCCAGGAAUUUGUUUAUGCGUGUUUUACUGGCGCCCUCGUUUUCCAUGUUUGUGCUGCGAUUCUGGGAUAUGUGGCAUCUUUUGCUCUCAUCCGGUAUCAGAUUGGUGAUGUAGCUCCUUCUGAUACACAGAACACCGAGGUGGGCGAAUUUUCUAAUCCUGGUUUGCACCAACCUGAGAUCAUGCAUGGGACGCAGCGGAUGCUUAUAACCAUCCCUCCUUUUGAUGCUGCCAACGGCCUUCUUCAGAUGCCCUUGAAUUCGGGGAUCCAGGUUAGAUCCAGAACGUCCAUUCCCCCACUGGAUCUCCUGACUCGGUGCUAUUUUACGACUUUGGCGCUAGGUAGUGUUGGCUUUAUUUUGGUACUUCUUGGCAUCGCUGGUUACGCAUGGGUGAUAUUGCGGCAGGUUGUAGGGAUAUUCACAAUAGUUUGUCUUGGUGUUAGCAUCGUGGCAUCUGUGUGGGCGGUGCUAUAAACUACGCACUUUAACCGCAGGUCUAGAUUCUCCCAAGUUUGAUAAAGCUAGUAGGUGUCGGCACCGACAGUCGACUUCUCUAAUAACCUGCAGAGGAUGUCCAGUGGCAGAUCCAACAUACAUGACCAUCGUAGCGUAGAUAAACAAACCACCCUUCUUACUGUACAGGACAAGGUGUCUUGAAUCUGCAACUGAGGGCUUGCGCGGCCGCCCAAAAACAGCGGGGCGGCUUGCCGAUGCUAUUCUGUCCAGUGGUGCUCGCAGACAUCCUGAGAACUUGCUUCUAUCCACUAAGGAGCGGCUUGUGAUUGUCGAGUAGAUGGCAGGCACUGGGCAAGUUUGGGCCUGGAGCGUCUUACUGCAAGUUCCAAGCACAUGAGUAAAACAGGUUCUAAAAUGCUAGUUGCG